GAGCGAGUCAACCAACUAAUAGUUUGGCAGUGACGAGGUCCAAAAAGGCUACCAUAUCAUUACCCACCAGAAGAAAAAAGAUAGCGAAAAAUCAAAGGAAACCAGAGAGAAGCAACCCAAUUGGAAGAAGCGAAAGACCCUUCCUUUCUUCCUUUUUUUACUCCCUUCCCUGCUUUUCUUUUUGGGCAAUCGUCAACCAACACCUUCUUUCUCUCCACCAGGUGCCAACAGAACUCGGCGGUGAGAUCUUUUGUAAUCUUCCUGAACCCCUCGAAACUGCUGCUCCCCAAAAAUUCCAGCCUUUUUUUUUUUAAUUCUGCUUCUGGGUUUUGCUGCUGUUCUAUUUCCCACCCAACUCUGUUUCUUGAGCUGGAAAUCUGAGGCUGCUUAUUCAAGAUCUGCGCUUUCCCUGCUUCGGUUCACUGAGCCUCUUGGAGUUGGAGAGGAAAUCUGGGUGUUUCUGUUUGUUUGGAUGGGACUUUGCUGGAGUAAUCGAAUCAAAGCAUAUAGUCCUUCAAAUACAGGACUGAAUUCGAAGGGUGAUAGUAGCAGAGAUGGCAGAAGUUUGAGCAAUUCUAGUAGCAGGGACUCAUUACCUCACACUCCUAGGAGUGAAGGUGAGAUUCUGCAGUCCUCCAACUUAAAAGUCUUCAGCUUUAGCGACCUGAAGUCAUCCACGAGAAACUUCCGACCGGAUAGUGUGCUUGGAGAAGGUGGGUUCGGAUCAGUCUUCAAAGGAUGGGUCGACGAGAAUUCACUAUCUGCUACCAAACCUGGAAACGGCAUUAUCAUUGCUGUGAAGAGACUGAAUCAAGAUGGGUUCCAGGGCCACAAAGAAUGGCUGGCGGAAAUAAAUUAUCUUGGGCAGUUACAUCAUCCAAACCUGGUCAAACUGCUGGGCUACUGCUUGGAGGAUGAUCAUCGUCUUCUGGUUUACGAGUUCUUGUCCCGGGGCAGUUUGGAGAAUCAUUUAUUCAGGAGAGGUUCUCAUGUUCAUCCCCUUUCUUGGAGCAUUAGAAUGAAGGUGGCUCUGGGAGCUGCAAGAGGGCUUGCCUUUCUUCAUAGCAGUGAAGUCCAAGUUAUAUAUCGGGAUUUCAAGGCUUCAAACAUUCUUCUGGACACGAACUACAACGCAAAGCUUUCUGAUUUUGGGUUAGCCAGGGACGGUCCAACCGGCGAUAAAAGCCAUGUCUCUACCAGGGUUAUGGGAACAUAUGGAUAUGCAGCACCAGAAUAUCUAGCAACAGGUCAUCUAACUGCAAAGAGCGACAUCUACAGUUUUGGAGUUGUGCUUCUGGAGAUGCUGUCUGGCCGGAGAGCCAUAGACAAAAAUCGGCCAUCUGGGCAACACAAUCUAGUUGAAUGGGCUAGACCUUACUUGAUAAACAAACGAAGAGUCCUCCGUAUAAUGGAUGCACGCCUAGAGGGGCAGUACGCUCUCCCUCGAGCUCAGAAGGUGGCCAACCUUGCCCUUCAAUGCUUAGCCAUGGAACCAAGGUUCAGGCCGAACAUGGAUGAGGUGGUCACAGUCCUUGAACAGGUGCAAGAAUCCAAGAAGAAAGGAGGCCUAGAGGAUCACCAGCAGCAAGGAUCUGAUGUUAAAGAGAACCGUGAAGCACGACCCUCUUAUCCCAGACCUUCUGCCUCUCCACUUUUUGCUUGAGUCCAGUUGUUUUGUUCGUUCAAGUUGGUUUUGAUGGGAGUUCUAGGGAAAUGGGUUUCGUUGAAGAAUGUACAGGGUGUUCUUUAGUUGUUGUUGUUGUUGUUCUUUGUGCAUUUCUGGGUGGAGAGCAUUUUAGAGAUAGAUAUCCAUAUUGGACAGGGGACAGACAAAUAAGGCUUCUGUACCAAGUAAGAGUCCCUCCAUAUGAGAGUUUGUAAUCAGAGAUGAUAAAGUUUCUAUGCUAAGUAAAAUGUUACUUUUGAGUUAUAUUGCAGAAUAUUUCU